AUGUCUAUGGAUCUGAAAACGAUGUCCGGCCUGCUGAGCUCUCCGUGCGCGGAUCGGGCGAGCAUGGCCCUGCAGAGCAAGCAGAGGAGUCUGGGCACGUUCAUGAAUACUUGUGACGGUUGCAACUACGACAUUUCCGCCCACAAUGCUGCUCGAAAGAAGGCAGCAGAAGAGACGAAAAAAGUGAAGAUUCCGGCGCUCCCUGUCGUUCUGAAAGCAGCAAGCCGGGAGGUUGCGAAACUGCACAAGCUCGGCUGCUCAGUCUCGCUUAUGGUGCAAACGCCUAGAACAAGAAAGCAGGCAACCCAGUGGUACUUUGACUCUGCCAGCACCAAGGGGAAAGCAUCCUUGGACAAACACAAAGGGUAUUUCAGGAAGGCAAUGAAAAACGAGGUCGAGGGGGAAGUCAAGGUGGAAGAAGGUGCUAAGUCGAGUGAAAAGGUCGUCGACGCGUCGGAGCAAAAGACUGUCAAGCCCACGGGUGCCGGGUCGGCCAACUUAUUUAUGCUACCUGCAAAUCUUGAGGAUCUCGUGAAGGGGUUUGGUGACCUCUACCCGGAGACUGUGAUUGACACAAUGCUAACGGCUUUGAAGAAGCAUUACAUAGAUUCGAAGACCGCAAAAGCGUCAGUGGACAUAAGUGCAUUGCAGAGCAUCUUUGGCAAAGAUUUGCUUGGCCCUUCCCUCCGCUUCUUGAGUAGUGUCAAAGAGUUGUAA